GAGAGGCUGGCGGCAAUGCGCUCUGACUCCCUAGUCCCAGGUACCCACACCCCGCCCAUCCGGAGGAGAAGUAAGUUCGCCAACCUGGGAAGGAUUUUCAAGCCUUGGAAAUGGAGGAAGAAGAAAAGCGAGAAGUUCAAACACACAUCUGCAGCCCUGGAAAGGAAAAUAUCAAUGAGGCAAAGCAGAGAGGAGCUGAUAAAGCGAGGGGUCUUGAAGGAAAUCUAUGAUAAAGAUGGGGAGCUCUCCAUAUCCACUGAAGACGACUCCCUGGAAAACGGGCAGUCCCUGAGCUCCAGCCAGCUGUCUCUGCCUGCGCUGUCCGAAAUGGAGCCAGUCCCCAUGCCCAGGGAUCCCUGCUCAUAUGAGGUGCUCCAACCUUCAGACAUCAUGGACGGGACAGUGUCUGAAGAGAGUCCCUCUGCCGGUGAGUCUGGAGCCCUCCUGUCCCAAGAUCCUUCAGCCAAACCAGUCCUGCUACUGCCCCCCAAAAAACCUGCUGCUUUCUCUGGAGACCAUGAGGAGACCCCAGUGAAGCAGCUCUCCCUUCUCAAGCAACCCCCCGCCCUGCCUCCCAAACCCAUUGCCAGGAUUACCAACCACUUAACAGAUCCUGGUGCCCCUGUGAAAUUGCCUUGUCUGCCAGUGAAACUGUCGCCUCCGCUACCUCCAAAGAAAGUCAUGAUCUGUAUGCCUGUUGGAGGGCCAGAGCUCUCCCUGGCAUCCUACGCUGCCCAAAAGAGUGGCCAGCAGAGCAUGGCCCAGCACCACCAUACAGUCUUGCCGUCCCAGAUCCAGCACCAGCUGCAGUACGGUGGCCACGGCCCACACCUGCCCUCCUCCACCGGCUCCCUGCCCAUGCACCCCUCCAGCUGCAGGAUGAUAGACGAGCUGAACAAGACGUUGGCCAUGACCAUGCAGAGGCUGGAGAGCUCUGAGCAGCGGGUCCCCUGUUCCACUUCUUACCACAGCUCUGGUUUGCACUCGGGUGAUGGUGUCACAAAGGCAGGACCUCUGGGCCUUCCAGAAAUAAGACAAGUGCCGACUGUUGUGAUUGAAUGUGAUGACAAUAAAGAAAAUGUGCCUCAUGAGUCAGACUAUGAAGACUCUUCUUGCCUGUACACAAGAGAAGAGGAGGAAGAGGAAGAGGACGAGGAUGAUGACAGCUCAUUGUAUACCAGCUCCCUGGCCAUGAAGGUGUGCAGGAAGGACUCCUUAGCCAUCAAGCUCAGCAACAGGCCGUCCAAGCGAGAGCUGGAAGAAAAGAACAUUCUCCCCAGGCACACGGAUGAGGAGAGACUAGAACUGCGGCAGCAGAUCGGCACCAAGCUGACCAGGCGGCUGAGCCAGAGGCCAACUGCAGAGGAGUUGGAGCAGAGGAACAUUUUGAAACCUCGGAAUGAACAGGAGGAACAGGAGGAGAAGAGAGAGAUCAAGAGGAGGCUCACUCGGAAGCUCAGCCAAAGGCCCACGGUGGAAGAACUUCGGGAGCGGAAGAUCCUCAUCCGCUUCAGUGACUACGUGGAGGUGGCAGAUGCUCAGGACUAUGACCGGAGGGCCGACAAGCCCUGGACCCGCCUCACUGCUGCCGACAAAGCUGCCAUUCGGAAGGAGCUCAAUGAAUUUAAAAGCACUGAAAUGGAAGUUCAUGAAUUGAGUAGACAUUUAACAAGGUUCCACCGACCUUAACAGUCAAAUUCCUCCUGAGUGCUAUGCUGUCUUCAAAACAUAAAUUUAUAAGAACCAUAAGUGCUGGUAUUUAUUCACGUCCCCAUUAUGAUGUAAUUCUUCUGAACUGCCUUUUUUUAAGAAGAAGAAGAAAAAAAAUAAAAGGAAACACAAUCAGGAUUACAUUUGUGAAGAUAUGAUAGCGACCACUCCGUGCUCAGAGCUGCUGACACCACUUCUGCUCCUGAAACGUCUCCUGCCCUGCGGUGGGCCCUAGGGCCCCGGCAGGGUCCAGCAUGCAGAGCUGCCCUUGUGCUCCCCAUCCAGGCCCAGCAGGCACCAUGUUGUUCACUCUUCAGUGAGCCCCCUACUCACAAGUGUCUGUCACCUGAGUCCAAAGAAAGCUGAGGUGGUGGAUUUAAUCUGAGGAUGACUGGUUGGCCUUCGAGACUUGGCCAAACGCACUUGGUCCAAAUGUAGUGUCUGGUUUGGGGGCACCGUAGAAGAGUGAUGCUGAGAGGGAACGUUGUUCUCAGUUGUCCCUGUCCUUACUCUCCUUUCAGACCAUCUUCCACACAGUGAACAAAAAAGGAAGGGCCCUGAUCUGGGUGAGUCUAGUUGAUUGUUGGUCUUAAAGUGUAUGUGCUCUGGGAGGGGGAGACUGGUGCUGAGCGCCUGUCCUGUCCCCCUGGUCCAGGAAGCUUUAGUUUAGGGGAGAAAGUUGUCAUCUUCUCCAUUCCAAUUAAUUGACCCACCCUUGUUAAGAAAGCCAAAUGUCCCAAAUGAUCUUGUUGUACACACAACCAGCCAUUGCUAAGGUACUUGUAGGGCAGAGCAUACAUGCUUAUGAGCAGAAGGACCAUACUGAGGGCAUGCAGGCUUGGGUAAGAAACUCUGCUUGGCUACUGUCCUUCAUUUUCUCUGUGUGCCCCAGGCUGGAGGUUGUAUGUCUUAGAAGUUAAUGGCUUCUGAGUAUGGGACCAACCAGUGCAUGUUAGCCAGAAACCAUUCCCAUAAGACUGGCUUUCCAGUUGCAGAUGGACUGGUACCCCAGAUCACUGGGUGCCUUUCUCUUCUCCUUUUUCUGCACUGCAGCAUUUCUGUGGAGAAGUCCCAGAGUUAGGCAUCUGCCAGACUCAUACAGCCACCAACACCAGCCUUGCCUGCCCGUGGUGGACCUUCCUGCUCCUAGUUAUCCAGACAGAAUCCUUCCUCUCCUUCAAGAUGCUGAUUGGAGAGGUAGAUCUCCAAUGAGAGUGGUCGGGAUGUAUGUACAACUCGCCUACGCACACGGUACCCCAGAAAGGCAGCAGCCAGUUAGCCGAGGAAUACCGGGGGUGGCUAUGCAGUGAGGGGAAAGACAGCUCCUAAAACCCCAGCAAGUGUCAAAAUGAGCCCUGCUGCAGCCUUUUUGGUUUUCUUUCCUGACAGAGCUAGUGGGUCCCCCACCCCAAAGCUCUGCCCAGCCUUCUGUAGUGGUUUCAUAGUUGCCACGGCUCUUCUGGGAAUGGUGAGCUCUCCACCACAGGUGCCAGAAAUAUGGCAGCUUGGCCCUCUCGGACACAGAGGUACCUGUCCCCCACCAUGAGCCUGUAGGACGCAGGUUCCUCUGAGCACGAGCCCAUAUCAGUGAGGCCAUUUCAUUCUACGCAGGCAUUAACUCCUCAGAGGUUGGUGCUGGCCCAGGAGCUGUGCACAUUUUUUGGAGAGCUCAGGGCAGUUCUUGAAGGCAGUGCCCACCAGCCGUGGGAAGCUGUCAAGGCUUUCUGCCUGCACCUGGAGCAAGCACGCUGCUGCCCCGCCCAAGGAGGGCACCGUUAAGAAACCUUUCUUUGAAUGUUGGAUCUGAAUAGUUACUGCCUUGGGGAGAAGUAUCGUUCAGGGAAAAUGUGGUCUGGAUUUUCACGUGGCUGUAAAUACAAUCUUCCCAAAAGGCUUACUGACGUUUGAAUGUGCAUAUGGAAUGACGAAAGAUUGAAGGCUCUUUCGUUUGGCUUCUCCACGGAGGGCCCUUGUCCCAGGGAGAGAUGCCUGCGGCCCGGCGUGGAGGUAGGGUUUCCCCCAACUUGCCGCCAUGUCUCAGGCAGCGUAGCUCGCCUUGGCCUGACCCACGGCCCUCCCCUGGCUAAGGAGCGAGUCCUAAGGGAAAGACCAUUCAACAGACUGCCUCCUCCCACCAAUGCCAAUGGCUCCUCUGCUGGCCUUGGUGCUUGGGCCCUUGAAAUUCCCUGGGAGCUAACACCCAAAUUGAUUCUUCCGCCCAAAGUGCCCUGUGGCUGCAGCCCACUUGAUGUGUGGAAGAAACAGGGAAAAAUGCACCCUUCUUUUCUUGCACAGCACCUUUUCCAGAAGUCACUUGCAGAGUCAGGGGUGAGUGCCUCCCAGGCCCCUGACAGUGCACCUGCCAUCCGGGCGGUGGUCUCAAGCCUAUUUGAAGUGACUCUGAAGCAGGCUCAGCAACCUCCACGGACUGCAGGCAGGCAGGCCCUGAGCUGCGUUUUCACUUUCUUAAACCCACGAGGUCUUUAGAGAAGUCUAUAUCCAUUUUUUUCUUUAUUUUUUUGCCACAUUGUUAUGACAACUGAAGCAAUUUGUGUUACUUUCUAAGAUGGCAAUUUGACAUUAAUUAGGAAAAGCGAAGGAGGCUAGGCAGUUUAAAACACACCCCUUUUCUGAAAAAGCUGCAGUUUUCAAGUCAAGCUUUAUUUUGCGCAGCAAAAUUCACAGCGGAGCGUUUUGUCAUUUGGAUUAGCAUGAGAGGAAAAUGUGAAAUGUCCCAAAACAAAUGUUUCCCUCUCAAAAGUAGACAUUGCCCCAACACUCCCAUCUCCCCUUGGUGACCGAAGGAAGAGACUGCCAUUGGCCUAUUCGCGUUUUCACAAUUGCCGAUCCCAUCCCCCUCCAGAGGCCCUCAACAGCCCUAUAAACCUUUUAAAAUGUUAGCCUUUAUGUCAGAUUAGAGAAACCAAGCAGCGUGACAGUAAAUGUGAUGAAAACCUCCGAGUUUAUUUUUCUCCCGCUUACGAACGUGUAUUUCUAUUUACUGGAUGAGAAUCGUAGUGUUUACUUCCAUGAAUGGACUAUCAGGAUCUCCCUGCACGCAGCCAGGCAGGGAGCAAAGGUCACCUUACAUGACUUUUCCUUCCCACAUGUCUGUUAGCCCCCAAACCAGUGGCUUUUCCCAGUUGCUGAUGGGGUGUCUGUACAUAGUCUGUCCUUGUAUAGGAGUGCACGCGGUGACUUGGUCCCUGCUCUCCUGUGUUGUAAUGUAACAGAUGAUGGUUGUAUGAAGAAGACAAUGUAAAUACAAUACAAAUGAAACUGGA